AUUGGAAAAAAUAUCGUCAUUCAGUUCAAGUUUCAGCAUCAACAUGAAGUUAUCGUUCAUUUCUGUUAUUUGUUUAUUGGUGACUGUUUCACGAUCCAAAGCAGAUGAAGCCAAUCUGAGAGUGUACAAUGGUUGGAUCGUUGAAAAGCCAAUUCCCUUCAUUGUUUCCAUAAAAAAAGACAAUAAUAAGCAUGUGUGUGGAGGAACGAUCGUAGCAGCCCAAUGGAUUCUUACUGCGGCUCACUGUGUUGCGAAUCAGACCAACCUUUCGGUUCUUGCAGGAGCUGUUGAUAAUUCAAAGUUAGAUGAGAGAUCCCAGUUAGUGGGAAUUGAUCAUGUCGUCAUUCAUGAUCAGUAUGAUUACGAUGAUUCUGAAAACAUUGAAAACGACAUAGCACUUCUUUAUUUGGAUGAACCGCUCAUUUUCAAUGAAAAUGUCGAGAACAUUCCACUCAUGAGUGAAAGCAGCCUGGAAGAGGCAGUGAGAGAAAACAGCACCAGCUUCAUAGCAGGAUGGGGAAGCACUGAGGAUGCAUAUGCUUCGAAAAAGUUGAAAUGGGCCCUGGUGUCUUUAUUAGACUCCGAAGAAUGUAUUCAAGAUAUUCCUGAGUCCUGUCACAAUUUCAACCCGGAAUCGCACAUCUGCACAGGCCCGCUGACUGUCGACAAGACUGGAGCUGGACUAAAAGACGACGGUGGACCACUGGUCAUCAAUUGGACACUCGCUGGAGUCAUCAACCAUGGAGACCAUGAUCCAGAGACCGAACCAGAUUCGUGCCACAAAUCCACAAUAUACACGAGCGUGCCAUACUAUUUGGACUGGAUAAAUGACAUCAUCUGUAUCAAGAGCGAAACCUCGGGCCUUUGUGAAGAAGAUACACCAGAUCCCCGAGUGGAUACACCUGCUUCUGAAGAAGUAACAUCAUCUCCUGAAGAAGUUUUUUUCUAUCAGGUGGAAAUAACAUUGACUCCCACGAAUGAUCCUGACAAUGAGUACUCUCUUAGCUACAGGGUUUGGUGGUUCCCUCGGGAUGACGAUGAUUACUACUCGGAAGAAAAUAAUGAGAAUAAUUAUACCGAGCCCUCAGAUGAAACAAGUUUGGAGCAAGAUGGACAAUACGAUAUUAAAAAUGGACGAAUCAUUAUCAUCACCCUCCAGUUCUUCUUCGUGAAGACGGGUGAUAUAUAUAAUACAAAUUUACAAGAUAUACCAGUUGAGUUGCGUUCAGCUAUCAAAACUAUCAAAGCAUAAGUUCGAUAAAAAUGUAUCAUGGAAAUGGAAAUAAAUAUGAAUGGUUGCAUAGUAUAUCACCAUUCUACAUAGUCAUGAAUGUUGUUUCAUUAAUUUACUCAUCCAGAAAGUUGAAAUGUGAUAAAAAACAUUUAUCGAAGAGAAUAAACAAUGAUGAGGAGUAAAAAAAUAUUGAUUGGGGCGUGAAAAAAAAUUGCUG